CGUUCGCAUUCCCUUCGGAUAAUUUUUUUCUGCGGGUAGGAGUCCGGAGGCGCUCUUUGCCAGUCUUAAUAUUUUCAUAAAUUGGGAAUCAUCAAAAUGGGAACCCGAGACGACGAAUAUGACUAUCUAUUCAAAGUGGUGCUGAUCGGAGACUCUGGUGUAGGGAAGAGUAACCUGCUGUCCCGUUUCACACGGAAUGAGUUCAACCUGGAGAGCAAAAGCACCAUCGGUGUGGAAUUCGCCACCCGCAGCAUCCAGGUGGACGGCAAGACGAUAAAGGCCCAGAUCUGGGAUACAGCUGGACAGGAGCGCUACAGAGCCAUCACUUCAGCGUACUACCGGGGGGCGGUGGGGGCUCUCCUAGUGUACGACAUUGCCAAGCAUCUGACCUAUGAAAACGUGGAGCGCUGGCUGAAGGAGCUGAGGGAUCAUGCUGAUAACAACAUCGUCAUCAUGCUGGUGGGCAACAAGAGUGACCUGCGCCACCUCAGGGCAGUGCCCACAGACGAGGCUCGCGCCUUCGCAGAAAAGAAUACGCUAUCAUUUAUUGAGACAUCGGCUUUGGACUCCACUAAUGUAGAAGAGGCGUUCAAGAACAUCCUCACAGAAAUCCACCGAAUUGUAUCACAGAAGCAGAUAGCUGACAGAUCAGCACAUGACGAGUCUCCAGGCAACAAUGUAGUAGACAUCAGUGUCCCCCCCACCACCGAUGGGCAGAAAAACAAACUGCAGUGCUGCCAAAGCCUGUGACCCACAAUACCACCUUCCUACCCCCACCCCUUACUCCUCUCUCUUUUCUCCUGUGUGUUGUACUUCUGCUGUCUCUAUUCCUCCAUGUGUUUUAGAAGUCUCCUAGAAAAUCUGACUUUCUAGAUAACAUUCCUUUCUCCCUUUUUUUUCCUCAUGUUCUUUGUUCGUCUGUACGCUAUCCUCUUCUAACCUCAAAGCUCAUGUCUUUUAACAAGUGAUAGGAUUUUUGUCUAUUUUGUGUUCAGGCUCUGAUUGUGUGAUCCAAUCCUGUAGAAGGAAUGGUGAGAGAUCAGUUUGUCCUGUGCUUCCGGUUGCCUUGCUGCUGUCCUCAAGGUCCCUGUCCUGAGUGUGGCAUGAAAGAAAAGAACAGAGACCUGGGUAGUGACUGACUUAGGCUGAUAUGAAGUGUUUCUGAAAAUGUAGUUUUUUGUUAAGCCUGUGGCUCACAGAGAUGCCAAAGUGUGGCUGUGAUCAUUUUCAAUCUAAAACCUCAUCUAAACAGUAAAUUUGCAGAGGCACAUUUGUCAAGAUUGGACUUUUCCCAAUUUUAUCAUGCGCUUUGUUUCACUAUUGUUAGCUGCAGCCACUGUGUUCUCUAUGUAAUUAGUUUAUACUAUGAACUAAUCCAGUAGUCCGACUACAAUUGAAAGCAAAUGUGAAUAUGCAUCUUGUGUCCUGCCAAUCAUUUCAAUGGAACUCGCCAUGUAAAAUCAACAACUAAUUCCGAAGGACUCUAACGUCUUCAAAUCACAACACUUAGCUUGCUUGGUCUGGGAAGGAGGCUGAUAUACAGUAACAGUCUAUAUCUAGGGUGGAGGAUGCUUUCAUUGCUUCACUCUCUACUCAAACCAUUAAAGCCUCUAAAAUGUUGAUGACAGUGGAAUUUUAAGAAAGGAAGGUUGCUUUUGUAUGGUUGGCUAUAAUGCCUUAUGUCUCCCCUUUCUAGUAGAAUUGCCUGUACAUCAUUUUCUGUCACAGGUCCAACUUUUAAAUCAAUAAAUACAUCUGUUAAUUUGCCAUUUCAUCAAGGAGCAUUGAAAUGAAAUAAACCAAAUUAAUGUCA